CAUUCGUCACUGAUCUGAAAUCAGGUCGAGUGUUUGUAAACUAUGGCUGAUCCUCAUGCCGCUUAGAUAUGUGACGCACAUGUUCCUCUUUUAAUGUCUUGUAAAUAGGAGUAAAUGAUGGAAUUUGAAAUAACGCGCACAAGGCCUUCGCUUUUUGGUGAUAUUGCUCAUGGUCUGGGGUUCUGGACCGAUCGUUCGGCGGUGCAUGAGGCUGCUGCUCAGGGCAGAGCUGUGCAGCUCCAAAAACUGAUUGAGAAUGGAGCAUCUGUCAACAUUGUGGCCGUGGACUCAAUUACACCCCUCCAUGAGGCCUGUAUUCAGGGCCAAACACAGUGUGUGAAGCUGCUGCUGGACGCUGGAGCUCAUGUUGAUGCUCGUAACAUUGACGGCAGCACUCCGCUGUGUGACGCCUGUGCUGCUGGUAGUCUGGAGUGUGUGAAGUUGCUGUUAGAACAUGGAGCCACGGUGAAUCCUCCCCUCUUCACCUUCUCACCCCUGCAUGAGGCCUGCAUGGGCGGUAACUCUAAAUGUGUUCAGCUCAUGAUUGAUGAAGGUGCGUUGAUGGAAGCUCAUGACUGUCACUUUGGCACUCCUCUGCAUGUGGCGUGUGCAAGACAACAUCUCGACUGCGUCAAAGUGCUGCUCAAUGCAGGUGCAAAUGUACAUGCUGCUAAACUUCACGAGACUGCACUGCAUCAUGCUGCCAAAGUGAAAAAUCUGGAACUAAUUGAGCUUUUGGUAGAAUAUGGGGGAAAUGUUUAUGCCAGAGACAACCUCGGAAAAAAGCCCAUUCAGUACACCAGAGCCGGCUCAGCUGCUGCACUCUGCCUAGAGUUUUAUGAAUCCACACCUCUCAGUCUUCAGCAGUUAUGCAGAAUUGCUUUCAGAAAUGCCCUCGGGAAACGGGCGCUGGGGGUGUUGACUCAACUGGGCCUCCCAAACCGAAUCAUCUGUUUCCUGUCUUAUUUACCAGCUCCUCCCCUGGAGCUGUUCCAGUCCUGACAAUCUGCUCCACUGCUUCUGUCCAGGUCCAGGUCAUGUAUAAUGGCCACGACACUGACUGUGUUUAAGAAUAAGGGGACUUAAGUCAUUGGUUUCUAGAAGAAAGUAGAUUCCUUACUGUGAAGCGCAGCUACUGUAACAGCCGCACUCAGUAUUUGUCACGUAUCUGUUGCUAUUCUCCCGCUGCUACAGCAGCGAACCAACAGAAGAUAUGAUCACUAUGUAUGGAUGCAGUUUACUGCCAAAACUCCUAGAAUAAUUUGACUUGAAAAUAAGCACCUUUAAGGGUAUUUUCUGUGUUGCAUCACGUUUUGGCUGCUGAUAUGUCUUACAAUGAGGCACAAUAAAACAAAGAGCUUGUUUUCUUCCAGUUAAUCCAAAUCAUAAUAUUACUUGUAUAAUUAACUUUCAUAAUAUGCAUUGUAUGAUUUCAUUUAUGGUAUUAGAUUUGUAAAUGCACUGUAUAUAAAUAGCCUUCAGUUUUAUAUGAAUUAUGCAAAUUGUGUAUAUUAUAGCUAAAUGUUAAAUGUGUUAAAAAUAUACAUUAAUAUAUUGUGCAAAUGCUGUAUAAAUGACUUUUUUCCUGUUGUACAUAGAUUAUUUUAAAAUGUUGUUUUGGUUUUACUUCUGUUGUUACUAAUUGAACAUAAUUGUUGCGGAAAUUGUAAUUUCUUAAUUGCACAAUAUUACAGUUAUGUUUUACUUGACUGAUGGUGAAUUGACCAAACUUAAUACUAUAUAUAUAUAUAUAUAUAUAUAUAUAUACAUAUAUUGCAAGUCAGAUGUAUGUAUGUAUGUAGCAUAGAGUAUAAAAAAUUACAUUUUACAUAUAUUUUAUGUUAAAUAAAAGUGUGCAAAACAACAUUGUUUUCAUACGCUACCAGUCACUACCUAGUUUUUGAACAGUAAGAUUUUUAAUGUUUUUUUAAAGAAGUUUCUUCUGCUCACCAAGCCUGCAUUUAUUUGAUUUAACAUACAGCAAAGGCAGCAAU